UUUGUGAAUUAGAGAGAAAAAAAGGAUGAUUUUAAUGCUGAAGCCAUCGUCUUCUUACGCAUGCUUGCUCUCCUUCUUCUUCGUUCUUUUCAUUUCGUGUAGCAAAUCCAACGCCCAGACCACUGACCCCUCCGAAGUGAGGGCAUUGAACUCAAUCUUCCAAAAAUGGGAUUUGCAUGAAGAGAGUUUCUGGAACUUCAGUGGGGAGCCAUGCAGUGGAAUUGCUCUCAGUCAAAGUGAUUCUGCCUUUGAGGCCAGUAAUAUUAACCCUGCUAUCAGAUGUGAUUGUUCUUUCAACAAUAAAACUCUCUGCCACAUCACUAGAAUGAGGGUAUAUGCUCUGGAUAGAAAAGGAGUGAUACCAGAGGAGCUUUUGGACUUGCCUUACCUGACAUUCUUGAAGAUUGAUCAAAACUACUUCACUGGUCCCUUGCCAGCAUUUAUUGGAAAUAUGUCUAGACUAGGGUUACUGUCAAUUGCACACAAUGAUUUCUCUGGACCCAUUCCAAAGGAGCUUGGAAAUCUCAAGGACCUAUAUAUGCUGUCUAUUGGUAAUAAUAAUUUCUCUGGAACACUCCCUCCGGAACUUGGUAAUUUAGUCAACCUUCAACAACUUUAUAUUAACAGUUGUGGAUUGGAUGGCGAGAUUCCCUCAACAUUUGCUAACCUUGAAAACCUGCUAACUGUGUGGGCAUCUGACAAUGCUUUCACAGGCAAAAUACCUGACUUUAUUGGCAAUAACUGGACAAAGCUUACAUCAUUGAGACUUGAAGGGAACUCUUUUGAAGGACCAAUACCAUCCAGUUUUGCAAAUUUAACCUCAUUGACAUCGUUGCGAAUUGGCGGUAUAUACAACGGGAGCUCUUCUCUUGAUUUCAUAAGAAAUCUAAAGAACUUGACUGACUUAGUUCUAAGAAAUGUCUUACUCACUGGUGUUAUACCAUCUUAUAUCACAGAAUUACAAUCUUUACAAAAGCUGGAUUUGAGUUUCAACAACUUAACAGGCCAAAUUCCAAGUGCUUUGUUCAAUAUGAAUUCCCUUGAAUACUUGUUUCUUGGAAACAACAGUCUGUCAGGUAACAUUCCUAGCCAAAAGAGUGAAACUCUUCGGACUAUAGAUUUAUCAUACAAUUUGCUAUCAGGAAACUUGCCCUCUUGGGUAGACUCAGGCUUAGAACUGAAUUUUGUGGCCAACAACUUCACGCUUGAUAGCUCAAACACAAGGCUUUUACCAGGAUUAGAAUGCCUUCAAAGAAGCUUCCCAUGCAAUAGAAAUCCUCCACGAUACGCAAACUUCUCAAUCAAGUGUGGUGGUCCACAGAUGAUUUCUGAUGGGAUAGUAUUCGAGGCUGAGAAUGGAAACGUUGGCGCAGCAACAUUUAAUGUAACCAGUACACAGAAAUGGGCAGUUAGCAAUGUAGGGUUGUUUGCAGACAGACAAAGUCAACAGUAUGAGCAAAACACCUUGGUACAAGUGAGAAGUACCAACACUCCGGAGCUGUAUCAGACUUCAAGGCUAUCCCCUGGAUCACUCAGAUACUAUGGCCUAGGCCUUCAGAAUGGGCCUUAUAAUGUAAUCUUGUAUUUUGCAGAAACAGGUUUCCCAAACCGAAGCACACAGUCUUGGGAGAGUCUAGCAAGGCGUGUUUUCGAUGUUUAUAUUCAGGGAACCUGCCAAUUAAGGGAUUUUGAUAUAUCAAAGGAGGCUGGUGGUGUUGAGAGAGCAAUAAUUAGGAAUUUCACUGCCAACGUAAUAGAAAACUAUCUUGAAAUUCACUUGUUUUGGGCUGGUAAGGGGACCUGCUGUACACCAGAACAAGGUUAUUAUGGUCCAUCCAUUUCAGCUAUUAGUGUUGUUCCUGAUUUCAUACCGACUGUCAGUGGGAUACCGCCAGGCAAUCAUAAAGAGAACAACCGGACAGCAUUGAUUGUUGGUAUUGCAGUUCCUGUUGCCUUCGUGGCUUUGAUACUUAUAUUUGCAAUAAUUUAUGUUAAGAGAAGAAAAGAAGAUGAUGAUGAGGAAGUGCUUCUUGGUAUUGGCUCUAGACCAAACAAAUUUAGUUACUCUGAGUUGAAAGCUGCCACAGAUGACUUCAGUCCUUCAAAGAAGUUAGGAGAAGGGGGGUUUGGACCUGUAUACAAGGGUACACUUUCUGAUGGGAGAGUUGUAGCUGUGAAGCAACUUUCAGUAGCAUCACACCAAGGGAAGAAUCAAUUUGUUACUGAGAUAGCUACCAUAUCAGCAGUGCAACAUCGUAAUCUUGUCAAACUAUACGGUUGCUGCAUUGAAGGAAACAGGCGCCUCCUUGUUUACGAGUAUCUCGAGAACAAAAGCCUUGAUCAGGCACUCUUUGGACAUAAUGCCUUGCAUCUUGAUUGGCCAACCCGCUUCAAUAUCUGCUUGUCAACUGCAAGAGGGCUAGCUUAUCUUCACGAGGAGUCUAGGCCAAGGAUCGUCCAUAGAGAUGUAAAGGCCAGCAAUAUUUUGCUCGAUGCUGAGCUGUGCCCGAAAAUAUCUGAUUUUGGAUUGGCAAAGCUUUAUGAUGACAAGAAAACACACAUCAGCACUGGGGUUGCAGGAACCAUUGGCUAUCUGGCACCGGAGUAUGCAAUGCGUGGGCAUCUCACUGAGAAAGCUGAUGUUUUUGGCUUUGGUGUUGCUGCAUUGGAGAUUCUCAGUGGUAGAUCAAACUCUGACAAUUCCUUAGAAAAUGAUAAAAUUUAUCUUCUUGAAUGGGUAAUGAAAGUAAACCUUUCUCUUUUUGUAGUACGAUUUGUUCAGUACCUGUUAAAAUUUGAAGGACUUGCUUAUGAUUAUUUAUUUCUACAAUGUUGUCUCCAGGCAUGGAACCUGCAUGAAAAUAACCAAAGCUUGAGUCUGCUGGAUCAAACUUUAGAGGAGUUCGAUGAAAAUGAAGCUCUCCGAGUGAUAGGAGUGGCACUUUUAUGCACUCAAGCAUCACCAAUAAUGCGGCCGUCGAUGUCUCGUGUUGUGGCUAUGCUUGCUGGAGAUAUUGCAGUGAGCAGUGUUACAACAAAACCAAGUUAUUUAACUGACUGGGAUUUUAAAGACAUAACAGGCACCUUUAUGAGUGAAGAAACACAAACAUCCAUUGAAUCCGAUAGCAGCGACAUCAAGAGUAAGAAAAAGACUAUAUCUGGGGUGGAGCAACCAAUGCUCUCUCCAGUAAAUGUUACUGAAUUCAGUGAGAGUAUCGGAGAAGGAAGGUGAGAGUUGUUUGUUCCAUGCUGCUAAAACCAUGUCACAUUGUCUUAAUUGGGUAAUCUUGUAAUACACGUUGGCAAUAUUUUAAAAUUCAGACCACACAGACUUCGUAUGGGAACCUUGUAAAAUACUUGGGGUUAUUUUGCGAAUAUUGUUUUUUAGUUGGAAUUUGCUAUGAAGUUCAGUUCAGUCAUCAUCAGGAAUAUUUGCUAGCUCGGACCAAUCUCUUCCUGGUAUACUUGGCCGCAAAAGUAAACAGAUCGAGAUCAAAAAAUUAUGUCAAGAACGUAAAACCCAACCCUGGUUUAUUUUUAUGGGUGCAAAACCUGCAUUUAAAAAAGUUGGUUGGCAGGAUGGGAAAAUAGUAUUAACCCAUUUUCCUUUCCACU